ACCCCAAUCUUCCUGCGGCGACGCGUCCCCGCCGGAGCGCUGUCGGCUUCGACGGUGGCCGCGGGACGUGCUGUCGGAGAGCCGAAGGAGUCGCGUCAGCCCGCGCGCAACGAGAUACUGGAGUGGGCAUCCAAUGCAGCGAACAAGGAGAAGCUCCUACCCCUGCUGAAUGACGUCCCAAGCAGUGAGCCACUACCAGGCUGGUUGGCAGAGGUACUGGAGCAAUUCCUGGCCAGAGGAGAAUGCCUUUCCUCCGCGCUGUGGGCUCUGUCACCGGCGGCCUCUCGAAUGAGUGCUUGGCUAGAAGCACGGCUGGACAGUCAUCGAGUCCUGAUGCGAAUGGAGGAGGCUCGACAAAGCAUGGGAGAUCUUUCCUCCCAGCUUCUGCAGGCCACCGCCGCAUUUGGAGCCUGUGAGGAGGAGCUGCGGCGCACGGAGCGAGAGUUGGCGAGGCUUGAGGCUGCCCACAGCAAUGCGGUACAAAAGAGGCAGCAGCUGAUCCGCGAGGCCGCCGCGCUGGAAGCCCAAACGGAGAGGGCGACAAAGGUUCUGGAAAUUGCCGCCCCUCGGAGACGCGAAUGUGAG